ACCUCUCUCUAUCUGCCUCAAAACAGAUGCCCCACUCCCUUCUCCAUUUUCAGAAAACUUCCAAGCUCUUAUAUCUUUCAAGCAGAGGAAUGACGCACCAUUUUUGUGCAAAAAGGUCUCUCUACUCUCUUUACGUAUCUAAAUAUUCCAAAGGAUAUUCCUUUUCCUCUUUCUUGUUUGUGCUUGACAACUUUGAAAUCAAAUUGAAGCAGACCACAGCCUCGCCAAUUCGGGUAAUGACUGGAACAAAUCACGCCUUUUUGACCAAAUCACGUGAUGUCUGCAAAGUCAGUCUAAGAAAGAUCAAUGAUCAAAUUUAAAAAGUUCAUUUUGAAUGAAAAAUAAAAAAUCAAGAAUUCCGCCCAACUAACCCUAGAGAGCCCUAAUUCAUCUCCUAUAAAUACCAAACUUGGUGGAGAUUUUCAGCAACUUUUGAACCCAUAAACUUUUUAACAUUCUUCUCCGAGCCUCCUUCUCUGAUUUCUUACUCAUUGGAGCCAUGCUUUAAGGGCUCGUUUUGGUCAGCGCCUACUGGUCUCGUUUAACUAAACUAGAGGCGGCGGAGUAAUCGUUUUGGAAUUUGACGAUCGUUCGAGGUUGCGGAGUAGAGGCCGGAGAUAGUAGACCUUGACGCGACCCCAGUUCCUGCACCGCAAAAGGAAAUCAUGAAUCAAGUUGUUUACCCAAAGAUUGGCAUGGUGUUGGACAUCCCUCCCAAACUAAAGGCAUGGUGGAGAAGCUUAGGAGAGAAUGCACAGUCCAAAGUACGAAAGAAGCUGGGUAACCUACUGUUACUUAUGGAAGUCACAGCAUGUAGGGAAAUAAUUGAAGCAUCAGUCACCUUUUGGGAUGAAGAAAGAGUUGUAUUCAGAUUUAGGGAAAAUGAGAUGACACCAUUGUUAGAAGAAAUUGGAGGCUUCAUAGAGAAUGUGAGUUUGUUAGGGAAAGGCAUACAUUCUUGGCAAAGCGCUGGCAUGAUUAUUCCAAAAAAUCCCUCGAUAAAAGAGUUCUUUGAAAAGUUUGGUUUUGAGAAAGAAAUUGGUCUAGAGCAUUUGAAAGAAUCCAAGAUACCCCUGGGCUAUCUGUUCGACAUCUUUGGAUGUUCAGAUGCUUUUCUACAACAUCGAGAGGUGUUCUCCUCACAUGCUUCUUGGAGUGAAAAGAGGGUAUUCGCUUUUUCGGUUUGUUUCCUCGGGCUCCUAGUAUUUCCUCGAAGAGCAAAAUAGGAGAUUCACACCCCACUUGUCAUGGCUGCUGAUGCAUUAUUUAAUGGCAUUAAUGGAAAGCCAUACACCAUAGUGCCGAUGGUUGUUGCAGAUAUAUACGAGUUUUGGGCCUUAUUUAAACAUUUUGAGGGAUGUUUGUUGCUGCAGUUGUGAUUUAUGGGGCAUCUCCAAAAGAUCAGUGGAAGCCAAGAGCUUUACAAGCAAAACAGUGCUAAUCAUAUCACAUCGUACACGAUCCCAGUGGUUGCAUUCAAGCUCCCAAAUAGUGUUAAAGGAUGGGGCAAGUUACUUAGCAAGCUGAACGACACCACGAUUCAAUGGAUGUUUUCUUGGUAUCCUUCUGAGAAUUUUGUAAUUCGUGGAAAAAUGCUACCUUACUUGGUUCUCAUAGGGAUUCGAAGACUUCAACCAUAUGCUCCAUUAGGAGUUAUGAGACAAGCCGGAAGAAUGCAAGUCAUACUGCAAGUUGAUAACAUGGAUCAUUAUCGAAUUGACUAUGAUAAUGAUAAGAUUCCUUUUGCGAAGAAAAUUCUCAGGAUGUGGAGAAACAAGAGAGAUAUGGUAAAGGAUACAAUUGCACCAGAUAGGUACCAAGCUAGAUAUGACACUUUUUACUUAGAAUGGUUACGUGCCAACCUUGAAGGUUCUGUCACAAGAGGGAUUAAUAUGGGAGGCCUAAUCAAAGAUAAGGCAGUCGAAGCUGAAAUCAAGUACCGUUGAUUGAAAAGAAGGGUGUCCGAGUCUGAAGCAAAGCAGAAGGAGCAGCAUGAGAAGGAUAACAAAGAGAUUGAAAUGUUGAGACAACGAGAGGAAAUACAGAAGCAACAAAUAGAAAUGUGGAAACAACAAGCUGUGGAAAUGGAGCAAGGACUCAAAGAUUUGGAUGGAGACCUCGAGAAACAAUUCAUAGAAUGCUAUUGCCAAGGACUCGACGAAGGAGGAAAGUUAGCCAUGGUUUACCUUGUGAAGAAUCGCCAGAAAAUCGACGAGGCAAUAAGAGCAGCGAAGAGGCUAAGGGGCAAUGAAGAACCAUCCUCAGUCAAUUAGAUUAGAACUAUGUUGUAAUCUUUAUUUCAAUUAAGGCUAUGCCAUUGUAAUCGUUUUAGACUAAGGCAAUGUUGGUAUUUCUCUUUUCA